AUGGGCGGCUACCGGCCCUCGCUGAUGGCCAACUCCUACAAAGCGCUGCAGCCCCUGGAGCCUGGGGCCCAGAUCGAGACCGAGCCCCGCGAGACCCCCAGGGCCUGGCGCGAACGCGCGCGCAAGCCGCGCCAGGACCGUCAGGUUAAGGUCACCUCCGCUCCCGCAGCAGCCUUGGGCCUGCUGGAUGCGCCCAAAGGGGGCUGCGGCCACGGCCUGGCGCCGCCUGCCUGCCGCGCCUCCAACCUCUCCGCGGAGGCGCAGCCCUGGCGCCCCCAGGUGCCGCAGGUUCCGCAGAUGCCGCCGCCCAUGCCGCCGCAAAUGCCGAUGAUGCCCAUGCAGCAGGUGCCACAGAUGCGCAUGAUGCACCAGAUGCCGAUGCCCAUGCAGCAGAUGCCGAUGCGGCAGAUGCAGCCAGUGGUACAGGUCCAGCCGGGCACAUACAUGCAUUGCUCGAACAUUCAGAUGGUGGCGGUGCCUCAGGGGCCUCCACUUGGCCCCAUCGGACCGGUGGGCUACCCCCACGGAACGAGCCCCGCGCCGUACGCAACCAGCCCGGCGCCGAUCAGCCAUGCCCGCGAGGGCGACUGUUUGCGCUUGGCACAGGUGUUGCCUGCCCCUGAGAAGGAGCGUGAGCUGCCCUCCAAGGGAUCCGCGCAGCACGCGCUGAAGAGUUGCAAGCCCUGCGCCUUCGUGUGGCAGGGCUGCCGGAACGGCACGCAGUGCGAGUUCUGCCACCUCUGCGAGCCCGGGGAGCGCAAGCGCCGCAAGAAGGAGCGCCGCAUGGCCAAGCGCGAGUCGUGA